UUUAGUUGGCUCCUAAGGAAUGUAUAUGUGAGAUUGAGAAGUUUAGAAGUUUGAAGUUUGAAACUUUUCGAACAUUUUGAUCCCACUACCCGCACAGGAGAAUAAUGGGUCACCAAUUUCAUCAACAAAUCCAACGCCAUCAAGCAACAGAUGGUGUUCUUAACCUCUUCAGAAAAGCCAAUCACGAUCUCAACUUCGUUCACCACUCCCUCGAAAAGGAGUUCCAAACCCUUUACCCUGACAACGCAAACCCUAUGAAGCUGGUUUCGAGAAUCAAGAAGAUACAGGAAGAUAUAUCAACAUUGAAAGGGCAGUGUCAAGAUCUUUUGGCUGCUAAGCAGGAUUUAAUUGAUAAGGCUCAGAGAACUCUGGUUGAGAACAGAAAUUUAGUGCAGCGCAUGCAAGCAUCUGUGGGCAUCCCCCUCACCGGCGAAGAUGAUGAGGCUUUUACUAACUUCCAACAGAUAAUUGAGGAAUGGACAAUGCAAGUGAGAUCCAAAAUAGGGGAUGAAACACAUGACGCUGAUUCUGGAGAUCUAAACAAACUGCUCUUCUCAGCAAUAGUUCAAAGUAAUUGAACAGCUUUCAUGAAGGUUGUAGAUGUCGCAAUUUAUGUCAAACUCCAACCUUGUGUUGUAGUAUCAAUAGAACUCUGGUCCAGAGUUGUUACUCCUUACUUUGUGAAGGAUUGGAAUUAUAGACAUGAAAACAAUUAUGUUAGCAACAUGUACAC